ACUACAUAAUGUUUUACUAUAUUGCGUGCACAAUUUGGAUGUUGAGCGUGAAGAGGAACUAUCGUCCUACGUAUAUGUAACACCCAUUAAUGCAACCAUGGUUUUAGAGUGGCACUAGACAGUGCGAGAGUGGGUCGGAACCUUUCUGUUGCGGAUCUUUUGCGGGAGGGACCGGAAAAGAGGUGGAUCCUUUCACGCACGAUGUGGGGAGGCCGCAAGCUAAGCUGCUCGGGGAAUCGUUUUUUAGGAGUGGUUAUAUCCAGGUACCGGGGCACAGAGACUGCGAGUACUCGCUUAAUCACGUCAGCAGUUUAUUCAGAGAAUCAGUUCAGUUGGACUCCACAGACUAAACCAUGGGUUUUCAGUGAAUACAGAAUCAUGUGGUUCAAAUCCUAUAGAAUGACUUUUGCCUGCUUGAAUAGAAUAAAAAUUUACAGGUACCCUUGGACAAGACUGUACAGUACUUCUCGGACCACUGUAGACAGCAGUGAGGUAAAAACAUUCCUGGCCCUGGCUCACAGGUGGUGGGAUGAACAAGGAAUAUAUGCACCUCUUCAUUCUAUGAAUGACCUGAGGGUGCCAUUUAUUAGAGACAAUCUUUUAAAAACAGUUGCUGAUCACCAGCCAGGCAAACCUUUGUCUGGGAUGAAGAUUCUUGAUGUUGGCUGUGGUGGUGGAUUAUUAACUGAACCUCUAGGGCGGCUUGGAGCUUCAGUUACUGGAAUCGAUCCUGUGGAUGAGAACAUUAAGACAGCACAGCACCAUAAAUCAUUUGAUCCAAUCCUAGAUAAGAGAAUAGAGUACAGAGCAUGUUCCCUGGAAGAGAUUGUGGAAGAGACAACAGAAGCAUUUGAUGCUGUUGUAGCUUCUGAAGUUGUAGAGCAUGUGAUUGAUCUAGAAACAUUUAUACAGUGCUGCUGUCAAGUGUUAAAACCUGGUGGUUCUUUAUUCAUUACCACAAUCAACAAAACACAGCUGUCCUAUGCCUUGGGAAUUGUUUUUGCAGAGCAAAUUGCAGGUAUUGUACCAAAAGGUACUCAUACAUGGGAGAAGUUUGUAUCACCUGAAAAGCUAGAGAGCAUUCUGGAAUCAAAUGGUCUGUCAGUUCAAAGUGUGGCAGGAAUGCUCUACAACCCAUUCUCAGGUUACUGGCAUUGGAGUGAAAACACCAGUCUUAACUAUGCAGCUCAUGCUGUGAAAUCCGGGGUACAGGAUCACCCAGUGCCUGAUGAGUUCGUUUUCAAGGGGGAAACAGAGGAGCUUAGAGGCCAGGACUCCACCAACGCAGGUGCUCAGGAGGAGUUGAAGAAAUGAAUGGUUUCUAAGUUCUGCAUACUAUGGCUUGAAAGUCUGGUGUUCACAUUUGGAAAAAAUAUAUAAUUUCCCUUUUGUGAGAGGAUCAUGAAGAAAAGAAAGUCCAUAAAAAGGGCUGAACCUUAGAUAAAAGUUUUUGUUGUUUCAUCUAGUAGCUACUUUCAAGGGAUUAUUUUAUGAUAUAUGGUAAAAAAAAAAAGUUUUGUCAAGGUAUUGUAUAAUCUAGGCGUUUAAAUUCCUCAGCCUUGGUUAUAUAAAUAGAAUGUGCAUAUUUUACUUCAUUUUACAAAUUAUAUAUACUCAUCCAGCAUAUAUGCACGUAUAUAUAUAUAAACAUGCUGUAAUGUGUUUUAAUUUAAAGGAGUCUGCAUUAUCUGUGUUCUUUAUUGGGUUUUAGCUAAAGGCAUUUAUGCUUCUGACUUAAGAAACCAAAUAUAGUUUUAUGCCACUUAUAUUUGGGAAGAGAAAAUGUAUUUUUUCCUUUAAAUUUUAGUUUGUUGGAAAGCAAAUGGAUAGUUAAAUGUAUGCUGGAUUUGAAUUCAAACAUUAAAAUCAAGAAAUUUGGAUUA